ACAUUGACUUGGAGAUUUUUAUACACGAUGUUAAAUAAAUAAUAGAGUUGAGCCGUUUGCUUUCGAAGAUAUGUGAGAUGAUCUCGUGUAUAUUCUACAAGCCUACUGUCGACCACAGACUGUGAGAUGUUCUCAGGUGUAUUCCACAAGCCUACUGUCACACUUGGGCUGUUGGGGUCAUAAAUAUUAUAUGAAUAUAUCUUCCUGACUGGCGGUUGCCUAAAUGCUCGGUUUGUUUUGACGAUGGGCAUUUUACUGAUGCAAUGAGCAACAGGGAAAGCGAUUCUAGUAGCCCGGAUAUGAACAGUGACUCUCCUAGAGGUCACAAGGGGAGACAACAAAGGCCGGAACUACAACGAGAGUACUCGGACCUGACUAAACAAAAGCACGAGGAGGUUGUCAUGAAGCUGCUGGAGGACUUUGACAUCGAGGACACAAAGGACAAGUAUCGAUGCAGCCGUGGUGAAAUUACUUAUGUUCCCAAGCGCAGGGGUCUUGCAGACAACCAGUUCCGAGCUGAAAUGCGCAGACUCAUGGGGUCAGAAGUCAUACACUUGAAUGACCGGAAGUGGAACGAGAGAUUCCAGCGCCGUCUUCAGGAAGAAUACGAGAAACGACUUGACCGGAAGGAGGAUGAGUUGGCAGAAGCCGAAGCCGUGCGCAUCCGGAAGUUGAAGCUUGAAGGCCUAGUUCCAAUGUCAGCAGAAAAUGGCGCGGAUGAAUACGGCCACGUGACAGGAGGAAGUGGUAAAAGGUCAAAAGAAAAGAGGAAAAGAGGGCACAAGUCUAGGAAAAAAAGAUCCCCCAGUCCUUCUCCCCGUGGGACCAGAUGUAGGAGUGCACCGCCGGCUCGGCCAGUCACGUGGUACAAACCGUCAGAGGACAUCCCGACUCAAGUAGAGCUCAUGAACAAGCGCAGGUCCCGUAAACACAGCAUGAGGAGCCGCGACCGUUCCAAAUCGAGAGAUGCGUCAAGUGGUAACAACGAAAGCUCCCCCAGAGAAGACAGAUCCACGUCACCGGUCGGAUCUGAAGGAAGUGCGACGUCACGUCAGAAACGGCCUCGGGAAAUCAAGGACUUAUACCAGGAGGAGACUGUUGAUGGGUUAUAUGUCAUGGCUGAGAGGCUAGUCUAUAUAGACCCACAUCCGAAACAAAAAGGGAAGAAAGACGUCACGAUUACUGUGGCGUAUUGAGACGUAACGCAUAGGACAAGUGUCGACCUUUCUGAUUCUUCCUCAAAGCCUGUACAAGAUAUUCCGUGGAUAUCUACCACCUAUACCUGGUGUAAGGAGAUACUAAGUGCCAUUGCAAUCAAACCCAUUGUGCAAUACUGCUGAAACGUAGUGGAAUUAACACUUUUAACAAUUAUUGUCAUAAGCGGCAUUAACACAUGUCGCUUAUGACAUUGUCACUUCCGCCAACGUCACUUCCGGUUUGUGUUUUUUUUCAAUGGCAGCACUCUGUUUUCCUCUCUUUCUUUGCAUUUGCAAUUAGUCUUGAGUUUAUGUUUCAAAUUUAGGAUUUUUUAUGAGAAUUUGUUAUAGUAGCUAUCUGACAGGUGCUUAACCAUGAAAGUUACCAUGGGAAGUAGGAGAUAGUUAUGUUUUUUGUUAUUAUUCAAAGUGAUUGUAAUCAUUAUUAAUCCAUACAUUAUAUACGCAUCGAAUUCGUGUAUAUAGUGUAUAUAGUGUCUGUCUCUUCUCAUAGUUUGAAUGACAUUAAGUUCUUCGAUAACCAGUGUUGUCAUGAUGCAAAAACAUGUACCGCUUUGAUAUUUGCCUUAUGUAUAUAAUCGUUGUUAAUGCAAUUACUGUUCUUACUAUAAUACAUGUUGCAAGUGUAGAAAUAUUUCUGCACAGAUCGAGAGUACCGACAGUACAGUUAUCAUCGGAAGGAGGUUGUGUAAGUUCAAGGGAUGGAGAUGGUUAUGCAAAUCGCUUCAAAUCAUCUUUUACUAAAUUUUAAGAAACAUAUCUUAACAUAUUAUGGAUGAAAAAGAAAAUGUAUGUAUUACAUUAACGCCGACACAUUUAUUUGUUCCUAAGAAGUAUUUUCUUUAAAAAUGAGGCUGAUGAACAAUGGUCGAAUGUUUAGAUCGCAUCCCAUAAAAUCCCAUAAAAGGUUGUUAUCUGGUAUGCCCAUCAUGCGUGUGUCAAUGCACCGGUCAAUACACACUAAAUCAGUUUUCUAAGAUACUGCAAAUUAAAUCAGUUUUCUAAGGUACACAUUAGCUCGUUUUCUUAGUUACACACUAAAUCAGUUUUCUUUGGUACACACUAAAUCAGUUUUCUUAGGUACACAUUGAAUAGGUUUUCUUAGUUACAUACUAAAUCAGUUUUCUUAGUUACACACUAAAUCAGUUUUCUAAGUUACACACAAAAUUAGUUUUCUUAGUUACACACUAAAUCAGUUUUAUUAGGUACAUACUAUAUAGGUUUUCUUAGUUACACACUAAAUCAGUUUUCUUAGGUACUCACUGAAUAAGUUUUUUUAGUUACACACUGAAUCAGUUUACUUAGUUACACACUAGAUCAGUUUUCUUACUAGGUACACACUAAAUCAGUUUUCUUAGUUACACACUAAAUCAGUUUUCUUAGGUACACACUAAAUCGAUUGUCUUAGGUACACACUAAAUCAGUUUUCUAAGUUACACACUAAAUCAGUUUUCUUAGGUACACACUAAAUCAGUUUUCUAAGUUACACACUAAAUCAGUUUUCUUAGGUACACACUGAAUCAGUUUUCUUAGUUACACACUAAAUCAGUUUUCUUAGGUGUACACCAACUCAGGUUUCUUUUGUACACACUAAAUCAGCGUGAGAGUUACAAAUUACAUCCGCUUUCUAAGCUACACAUUCAAUCAGUUUUCAACGGUACACGUUAAAUCAGUUGUCUAAGCUACACAUUACUCAGUUUCUUAAUUUCAAAUUUAUUCAGGUUUCUAUUGUACACAUUAUAUCGGUUUUCUAAGUAAGGUACACAUAAAAUGAGGUUUCUAAAGCACAAUCGAAUCAGUUUUCUUUGUUCGCAAUUAAUCAGUUUUUUAAGUAAAAAAUCCGGGUUUCUCAGAUGCACAUUGAAUUAAUUUCUCAGGUCACGCACAUUAAAUCACUUUCGUUAGUUGAACAUUUAACAAGUUGUAAACCGAAGCAUUCCCUGCAAAGAAAAGCAUUUAGUUUCAAUAAAAGUCUGUUUCGAAAA